UCCGGGCAGACAGUGGGGAGGGGGGCUGAAGAGACCCCCUCUGUUUCUCCGAAGUUUCGGGCGAUUCCUUCUGCCCGGAGACCCGCCUCCCGGCGGCGUGCUCCCCACGAGGGGGCCUUCUGCGCCGCCCCCUCCCUCCCCCUGGCACCGCACGGCCGAAGGAUCGCGCACGGGGCUCCCUCCCCAGCUCAGUCUCCUCCCCACGCGCCCCCUCUCCGCCGCGCCGGCCAGCGCGGGCUGCGUCCCCGGCACUGCCCCCCGCCCGCUUCCGAGCCUGAGCCGCCGCGCCGCCGCAGGCUGCGGGAGCUGCGCCGCCCGUGCUCCCGGCGCGCUCCGGCCCCGCUCGGCCCCGGCUCCCCGCUCCCCGCGCGCGGACCAUGGAGUGAGGGAGCGGGCGGUCCCGCGACGCGCUCCCGCAGCCGGCGAGGCCGGAGCCAGCCCGGGUGGCCUCGCCAGCCCGCGGAGUUGGCCAGCGGCGGGCCCUCCUCCCGCCGGUCCUUCCCCGCUCCUCCUCCUCGGCCGCCGCCGCCCCCGCCUCCCGGCCGCCCCCGCCGCCCCCGCCGCGCCGCCGCCCGAGGCCGAGCGCGGACGCCGAGCGUGGGAGCCAUGGCGCGCGAGGAAGAGAGGGACCCCGAGCGCCGGGAGGCGGCGGCGCGGGCCAGCGGCGAGGAGGAGGAGGAGGAGGGCGAGGAGGGACUGAGCGACAGCGACGACGAGGACGAAGACGACGAGCCCGGCAGCGGCAGGGAAGAGGAAGAGGAGGCGGCGGCGGCGGCCAGGCGGGAGCGCAGCGAGGACGCGCGGCUGCAGCGCGCAGGGGUGCCUCCCGCCGCCGUCCCCGCCGCGGCCGCCCGCGACAGGAGCGGCCGCCGCCAGCCGGGGCCCCCGCCGGGGCCGCUGCCUUGCCGCCCGAGGAUGCCGUCGCCCGACGACGAGGACCGCGAGCGUCGCCGGAGCCGCCGGAGGGACCUUCUGCUGAGCCAGCUCUGCUUCCUGGCCUUGGUGGCGCUGCUGCUCUGGUCGCUGUCGAGCAUGCAAGAGCAUAAUGACCUCGACUUCAUGGACCUCCUAGGGGAAGACAGACAAUGGACGGUGGGGAGGAAGUUAAUGCAGGUGAACGAUACUCUGACUUCAGAAGAUGCAGGACUCCGGAGCAGCAAGAACUGCACUGAACCAGCCCUGCACGAAUUCCCCAAUGACAUCUUCACCAACGAGGAUCGAAGACAGGGGGCGGUGGUUCUCCAUGUGCUCUGCGCCAUGUACAUGUUUUACGCACUGGCCAUUGUGUGUGAUGACUUCUUUGUCCCCUCCUUGGAAAAGAUCUGUGAGCGCCUGCACCUCAGUGAAGAUGUAGCUGGAGCCACGUUCAUGGCAGCAGGGAGUUCAGCCCCAGAGCUGUUCACAUCCGUCAUAGGGGUCUUCAUCACCAAGGGUGACGUGGGAGUUGGGACCAUCGUGGGCUCUGCAGUGUUCAAUAUCCUGUGCAUCAUUGGUGUCUGCGGGCUCUUUGCUGGGCAGGUUGUGGCUCUUUCCUCGUGGUGUCUGCUGAGGGAUUCGAUUUACUACACGCUGUCUGUGGUCGCGCUCAUUGUGUUCAUUUAUGACGAACAAGUUUCCUGGUGGGAGUCUUUAGUCCUUGUGCUGAUGUAUCUUGUCUACAUUGUCAUCAUGAAAUAUAACGCUUGCAUCCAUCAGUGCUUCGAAAGGAGAACGAAAGGUACUGGAAACAUGGUCAACGGCUUAGCCAACAAUGCAGAAAUCGAUGACAGCAGCAAUUGUGACGCAACUGUGGUGCUACUCAAGAAAGCCAAUUUCCACCGCAAAGCGUCAGUGAUCAUGGUAGAUGAGCUGCUGUCAGCCUACCCUCACCAGCUUUCUUUCUCUGAGGCUGGACUUCGAAUCAUGAUCACCAGCCACUUCCCCCCCAAGACCCGACUCUCCAUGGCCAGUCGCAUGUUGAUCAAUGAGAGGCAAAGACUCAUAAACAGUAGGGCCUACGCCAAUGGAGAAUCUGAGGUGGCCAUCAAAAUCCCAAUUAAGCACACCGUGGAGAAUGGGACAGGGCCCAGCAGUGGCCCAGACAGAGGUGUGAAUGGGACUCGGAGGGAUGAUGUUGUUGCUGAGGCUGGUAACGAGACAGAGAAUGAGAAUGAGGACAAUGACAACAACGAGAAUGAUGAAGAGGAAGAGGAGGAUGAAGAUGAUGAUGAAGGACCAUACACACCAUUCGACCUCCCCUCUGGAAAACUGGAAACAGUGAAGUGGGCAUUCACCUGGCCACUGAGUUUUGUCUUAUACUUCACGGUACCCAACUGCAACAAGCCACGCUGGGAAAAGUGGUUCAUGGUGACAUUUGCUUCCUCCACGUUAUGGAUUGCAGCCUUCUCCUACAUGAUGGUGUGGAUGGUCACAAUCAUUGGAUACACGCUGGGGAUUCCUGAUGUCAUCAUGGGGAUCACCUUCCUGGCAGCUGGAACCAGUGUGCCUGACUGCAUGGCCAGCCUCAUCGUGGCCAGACAAGGCAUGGGAGACAUGGCUGUGUCCAACUCCAUUGGGAGCAACGUGUUUGAUAUCCUCAUUGGCCUUGGUCUCCCAUGGGCCCUGCAGACCCUGGCUGUGGAUUAUGGAUCCUAUGUGUUUGGCGUUCACCUGAACAAGUGGCAGCUGGACAAGAAGCUCGGGUGUGGGUGCCUUUUCCUGUACGGUGUGUUCCUGUGCUUCUCCAUCAUGACAGAGUUCAACGUGUUCACCUUUGUGAACUUGCCCAUGUGCGGGGACCACUGAGCCACCUGGCCACCCACCGAGCCUCAGUCCUUCUUUACUGUGCAAUACAAGACCCGGCCGCACCCCGAGUCACGCGGGCCCCCAGAGCCGGCGCAUCUGGCUCUCCCGUGCUGUUCACAGGCCUCUGCUCCUGCCUUGGUGGCCCAGGCUGUUCCCACCCCUCCCUGCUCCCCCUCCUCCAUGGGUUUCUCUCACCCACCCCUUCCUGCCUCCUCCGUGUGAAGACUCUGACAUCCGCGUGAAUUUUCAAGCUCCAUUUUUGAACAGUGACUGAGAUUCUAGAAAAACUGGCUGCUAACUGGCCCAAGCCAGGCAAAACUUACUACAAUCCCUCCUCCUUUUUUAAGUUAUUGGAUGGAAGACAAACCUAAUUUAUGACCUGAGACUGUCGAAGGAAUAGAGAGGAGAGGGUGUAUUGAUGCUAGGGAGUGUUUGGGAUUUUGUUAUGUUUUGAGGCGAUACCUAGGUUACUACUGGGUUUGGGUGGGGUUGUUUCACUUUGGGGGGCUCCCCUUUUUAUUCCUUUUCUUCCAGAGAUGGAGAACUUCUCUCGCAUCUUUCACCGGGCUCUGGAUUAGAGGAUGAUCCACAGGUUGUCCCCGCCAUGUCUUCUGGGAUCAAGUCCCAGGCAUGGUGGAACAUGCAUGAAUUUAGUGCUUAGUAGAGGAACAUCUGGGCGAGGCCACGGGGAACAGAUGCAUGACGUUUCAUACGCAAGGAUGCCUCCCUGAAGUCCUGUAGGCGUCAUCUAGGGGGCACAAGGCUUUUGAGGAAGAAGACAGCUUCCCACAUAUCCAUUAGGACAAUCAUUUUGUCACUAGGUUCCUUCUAGUCUUUCAAGCAAUAGUUCUAGCCUGCCUGAGGCCUUUGAUGAGGGGCCCCGGUUACACCACCCGUCCUGGAGGUGCCGGGAAGUCAGCGCCAGAAGUUUCCCAGCCCAAGAGUCCCUGAGAUGCGCUCUCAUCACUUGGUAUUCGGGGUGACAGGGAGAGACCCAGAGGCCACCACUGCUUUUUGUGCAGGAGCUACAGACACUGGUUUCUUGGAAAACGGAGAGAAGCGCACUUUGCACAGACGUCGUCAAUAAAGUCCCAAUUUGCCACUCGGUAUUGAGUACACUGGACCCUGACAGCUGGCUUUUGGGCCAGCGUCCUUCCUCGUGGGACGCCUCCACCAAGCUGCCCCAGCUCCACCCCUCCCAUCCUGGAGGGAUGGCGAGGGAAGGAGGAAACAGAGAACUGACACCUUGGGAACCACAGAAUGUGUUCAAUGCAGACUCGCUCAAGGGCAUAAGUUAUUGUGAACGUUGCUGCCAAUCACUGCUCAACAGCCCUGCUAGAUUUUGUAUGAUGCUGAAUUAUUAUGCAGACUAAUUCCACCGAGUUGAGACCCACCCAUGCUUGUUACACUUGUAUUUAUUGAAACUGUGGAUUCUUGCCCGUGCCGCCCCCUGUAUUUACUUUAAGCACUGAUCACUUAUCAUUCAUUCAGUAUGGUUUUCCCCCCCCGCCCCCCGUCCCUUGUACACAUUCUGGUAUGAAUUGUAAAAAUAACCUGCUACAAAUUGGUUGAAUGUUUCUGUCAAUGGUGCAAACCAAGGCCAGCGUUAGCCAGCCGACGAGGCACCUGCCCGAAGAAGGAACGGGAGAGGAAAUCACCAAUUUGGGCUCUCAGAGCUAAGACACACAUAUUGAUUCUGUUGCACAUUUUGCACUGGUUUAUGGAGAUUGUUUUCUUGGACGGAUAGUGUAAAAUAAACUUCUCUGUUCUAUAUC